AUGCCUAAAGUCCUUAUUAUCGGUGCCACUGGCUACCUCGGCAGCAGACUAUGCAACGUUCUCGUCAACAGCGGCAAGCAUCGAGUCUACGGCAUCGCUCGCAAUGAAGCCAAAGCCAAGUCGCUGGCAGUCGCCGAAGUCUCCCCCAUCAUCUGCCCCGACCCCAUCAACAAACCAGAUGCUUACCUCGACGCCAUCCGCAUCUUCAACAUUGAUAUCAUUGUUGACGUCUCUGGCGCAAAUCAAGAGUCUGCAAAGUUUCUUGCUGAUGUGAAAGCCGUCGGGCAAGAGCGUUUGAACAAGGCCAAAGCGGCUGGUCUCACGCAUACACCUAAGCUUGGGUUCAUUUACUGUUCUGGAACUUGGGUUCAUGGAUCGAGUGACAAGCUGGUCAAUGAUCUAGAUAUCGUUGGACCUGAUUCUGCGACUCCACCUGCACCGCUUAUCGCAUGGCGGGUUGCCCAUGAGAAUGCUGUACUUGCCGCCUCUGAGGUCCUUGACGUGGCUGUUCUACGUCCAGCGCUCAUCUACGGCGGCGAGAGUACUAUCUGGACAGCAUUCAUUCUUCCACUCUUCCUGGCUUCCCGAGGUGGAUCCUCGGACACUAUCCAGAUCCCAUUGAGCGUUGACUCUCGCCCCGGGCUUGUCCACGUCAGCGAUGUCGCUACCGGUUUCCAGAAAGCUAUAGAGAAACUUUCAAUUAUCAACAGCACCUCGGUAUAUCCUGUUUUCGACCUUGUGACAAGCCAAGAGAGCAUGUCUGAGAUUUUUACAGGUCUGGUCUCACACUGGAGUUUCAAGGGACACUGUGAGCUGGUUGGACCAGGCGAUGAUUUGUUCGCGGAGGCUAUGGGAACUAGUCUACGAGGGUCGUCUGACCGGGCGAAGCAGUUGCUUGACUGGGUACCAACGAGAAUGAAUGGCUUUGUCUGUGAUUUGGAUAUCUAUGCUGAUGCGUUUGCCUCUCAACAUUAG